UAUAUUUAGUCCUCUUCUUCCAUUUUCCGUUUUCCCGGUUCUCUUUCCUUCUUGAAUCUUCCUCAAAGUCGGCAACUUCUUUUUCUUCUUGGGUUUCUUGUAUCCAGCUUCUUCUUCAAUUUAAGGUUUUGUUCUUAUCCAAAUUUCGAAUCGCCUUUCUUGUUACUUGCAAAUGCUGACUGCUAUUGUUACUGCCUCCUCGCUUCCUCUAUUAUCUUACGGAAGUCAAUUAAAGUCGCAAAUUAAGUGCAGUGGCUGUUGUGGCGUCGUUAGAAUUUCCACGAGAAUUAAGCCAAUAGGCCUUGGCUUGCAAUUACAACCUAUUGUUGGAAGAAGUAGAAAGCAAUCUUUAUCUGUUAUAUGUGCUGCUGCUGCCUUGAAUGCAACUUGCAGUGCGUCGGGGCAAACUCAAACCAUUACUCGGGAGGCACCAACAAUCACCCAAGCUCCUGUCCAUGGUGAUACAUACCUAAGCUUGCAGGAGUUGGGGAUAGAUCCCUGGCCCUGUGGAACUCCUUACCAUAGGUGGGAUAUAAGCUGCUCACUUGAAGUCUGUUGCAGUGAGUUAAACUGCAGUUGUGGUCCCGUUUUUUAUUACAUCACGAUUAUUUUGAUUACGGCUGGCCUCUGACCGGACCCAUCGGCAUUCGAUCCCCAAUUCCUUCCAAUAGAGACUCCGUUUCCAGGGAAUCAGUCCUUUCCGAACCACCAACUCAAUCUUUUUCAAGUAGGGGCUGACCCACGCUACAUCUCCAGAGCCAAGACACCGAACGAGGGGGAAGUGGGCGCUCGCGCUCAUAAAAGAAGCCUGCACCACCAAGCUACAGCCACUUCUGUUGACCAGAGUCUACUUUUCAGUCGAAUCGCUUAAGCCCUCACUUAGCAGAAGAUGUAAACUUCACUGAUCAGUUUAGUUCCAUUAAAAUUCAACAAAAAUAUGCAAUAUUUUUUACAAAAGUAAUUACUUGUGUUGAAUUGUUGAUUGUAAUGGAUUGAUGAUUGAUUUGAGACUAAAUUUGAGUUUGUUUGACGCUGGAUUGAGGUUGAUGUCAAAUUUUUUUCGAGGCUUUCAAUUUUUUUUUUAUUUUGGUUUUUUGACAAAAAAAUAAGCAGGGGUAAUAACGAUCCGUUAAGAGCGCUAUUUGUCGUUACAAUGUUUUUUCGCGGCCGUCACACUCCGACAUCGAUGAGAUUGAAAUUCUCACCUGAUAUUUUUCAAAUAACGGUGGCGGAUGGUGACAUUAUCGCAAGAUAAUGGCCGCUACACCGCAACUGCACCACUAUUUGAAUCCAUCGGUGUUUUGGUGUACUCUUAUGUGAUUUUAUGAGAAA